AUGGCGCAGGAUGCCGAGAGCGAGCGGCUCCGUGUAGAAGCUGGCGAAGUCAUUCCUAAGAAGGGUAGGAAAGCCAACCCCAAAGCCAAAGCCAAACUCACUGCUGCAGCAAAACGUAAGGCAACCCAAAACGGUGAAAGGCAAGAUCUUGAAGAAAAGGAAGCCCCGAAAGAUGACCCCAAGCCUAAGAAAGCCCAACAAGACAAGCAAGCCCCGGAGGCCCAGCAGGAGGAAUCCACGAAAGAUGGCCCCAAGCCUAAGAAAGCCAAGCGAGACAAGGGAGCACAUGAGGCCGAGCAGGACGAGGAAUCCCCGAAAGAUGAGCCCAAGCCUAAGAAAGCCAAGCGAGCACGUGGGGCCGAGCAGGACGAGGAAUCCCCGAAAGAUGAGCCCAAACCCAAGAAAGCCAAGCGAGCACCUGAGGCCAAGCAGGACGAGGAAUCCCCGGAAGAUGAGCCCAAACCUAAGAAAGCCAAGCUAGGCGACAAGGAGAAGCCAUGCAAGAGAACCGUGGUUGAGAGACCCCCGGUGGAUGAGGCAGAGAAGGCUAGAAGGGCUAAGCUCCGUUCAAGUGUGGGUCUCUUCGAGUACGCAGAGUUCAAUUGGUAUUGGACACGUGACACCCUCGGCGUGAAAAUCAAAGCUGGCGCUGAAAAGAACCGGGAGGUCAUCAACCUGCGCCGCCGGGGUGUGAGCAUUGAGAAGAUUGUCCCCUUUGCACUCAAAGUUGCUACCAUCACGGAGAAUGCCAAAGGCAUCAUCUCAUCUGCGGUGGAGAGGAGGAUCAACUCAUGCAAAGAGGAGUUUAUGUCUGCCUGCCUAGAUGAAACUUCCUAG